UUACACUUACACAGUUGUAUGAAUGUUUGAAUGUAUAGUUUUAUAGCUAUAUUUGAUAUAAUAAUAUUUCCUGUAAACGAUUUUUCGUUUAAUAAAGAUGUGAUACUUUAUCUAUGUAUACAGUGUAGAAUAUGACGGAGCAUAUUGAAUUGCAGUCUUACUGCAUUAAUAACGAUAGUAUGUGCGAUAAUCCAAUAGAGGAAUAUCACGAGAUAGAUCAGGAUGUUAGUCACGAAUCUCCUUUCUCCUUUGUAUAUUCCAACAGAUGUGUUAAAGAAUACGAUUUUUUUACACAGAACGAUGUUAAAGUUGAAGGUAAAUAUAAAGAGAAGAAAAAUCAUAACAAAGAAAAAGCAUCAAAUAUAAUGGAUUUAAUAUGUUCAGAGUUAGCCACUGCACCUGUGCCUAUAGCAACAAAUGUUUUGAUAAUUGAAAAAAAUAUGGAAUAUCAACAGAAUAGCUGCUUGUCCCAAGUUUCAUCUAUAUGCACCAUUUUCAAUAGGUCACUUAGGACAGAUCAGAGUUAUAAAUCUAGGAAUGCCUAUUAUACAGUUAAUAUAAGUCCGAUAUUUCCUCGAGUUCUAAAUAAUGUCGACGCUAUUGACGGAGAAGCCAAUAUUCCUGUACAAUAUGUGGAACCUACUAUGUUCAAAAAUAUUAUUGAAAGUGACGAAAAUUAUGAUAGAGCAUCCAAAUUCCUGGAUAUUGUAGUAAAAAAUUUGAGAUUCAAGCAUCAUCAUAAGUUCUCUUUAGAAAAGUUGCUAUGUAUUAAACUCAUUGACUUAUAUGAUGAAUAUGUUAUAACACAGAAUUUGAUCGAAGAUUUGUUGAGAGAUGUGAGAGUGAGCAGGGAAACGACUGAAAAUUUAAAAAAAGAUCUACUUAAAGUUAGUCAAAAUAAAAGAGAUGAUUUAAGAUUCGAUAAAACUAUAAGGAAAUAUACAGAUAAACUAAUACAAUCAAAAGAAAAACUGACUGAAGCCUUAAGAAAAAAAGAUAACUUAAUACACAACAUGAUGUCUUUAUGGGCAGACAUAGAAACGAUUAGAGAAAAAUCAGGACAUAUUUUAACCCCUUAUAUAUUAGAUGUAACGACAGUAGCCAUGGAUGAUAAAAAAAUUCAAAACGAAUGGCAUAAAUUAUUUGAUACAGAAUUUUCUGAUUUAAUAUUUAAGAUGGAAUAUGAAUAUGUGACCAAAUACCUCGAGUAUAAAGAAAUAAAAAAUAACCAAAACAUGGAAUUCUCUCGAAGAAAAAAAAUUGUUAAGCCAAAGUUAGAAAUACAGGAAGAAACUUUGAAAGAACAGGUAGAAGUGAUCGUAAAUGAUAUAGUCAGAAAAAGCUUGAUAAAUGUUAUUUUAAGAAAAGAUGACAAUAUCUUAUCUAAGACUGUAAAAUCAGAUGACAAUAAAUUUCAAAAUACCUAUAGUUUCCAAAUUUUUGUUGAUGACACAUUUGUAUGUGAUUCAGAAAAUUAUAUUUUCAGUGGCACUGACACUGAUGAACUGGAAUUCAAUGAAUCAAUUUCGAUACAAAUUUUGCCACAUAACACAACACUAAUGAUUGUAUUAUUAGAGAAUAAUGAAAAAGUUUCUUUUGGAAAAAUAUCCUUGACAAAUAUCAGAAAAAAUGGAAAAGGAUGCGAUUUUACUUCUGAAAUAUUCAUAUAUAACACUGUCGUAGAGCCUACUUUGAAUACCAUUGGUAGUGGGCAUGACAUUAAAGAAAUAACGAAAAUCAACAAUAUAAGAUUGAAAAGUAGUAACUUGUUUGAAGGUAGUUUAUACACAAAGUGUGAAAUCAAUUACAAAGUAAAAUGGAAUGAGAAAUUAAAUAAAAAUCAUAGUGAAAGUAUAAGAGAAUUGUUAAGAAUUAAAAGAAAUUUGAUAAGAUUAUUACACGGUAUAGAAAAACCAAAUAUUGAUGUGUUAGCGAAUAUGAUAGGGCAAAUAUAUGGCCAAGAUGUAGAUAAUGACGAACGAAUUAUAAGCAUUUUAAGAAAUGUCUGUAAACAAACAAUAUAUAAUGUCAAUGAUUCAUUUCCUGUACCAGAUGAAAAUAGCUCAGAGUACAUAAGAUUUAAACUAUUACAUCUUCGUAAUAUUGGAGGUUUCAUUAACGUCGAAAACAAGACUGUUCCUCUCCAGGGAAGACAGAUAUCCACGGAUCAAUUGAAGUGCCUUCAAAAAAUCGAUGACAAAGAUUUUGACAUUGAAUACAUUAAUAGCAAAUAUAUAGACGCAGACCCCAUAGAACUACAGAGAUUUGUAGGAGCAAAGUAUGUACAGAAACUAAAUAAGAAUAUGCUAAAAAACCUAAACGAGCAUUUAUUGAAGAAAACUCAUAAAGAUGUUGUACAUGAUUUCCAGGACUUGAGCUUAAAAAGUUUCUUAUCAAAUCAAACGAAUUUGCCUGACUUAGCAAAAAUGUCUGACGGUACCAAGCAACAGUUGUUAAUGGAGUCUUUAGGAUCCGAGCAAGAGAUAUGCGUGACAAUUCACAAAGCAUACAAUUUGAUGGACCGACUGGAAGAAGUUAUUGCCGUGGACAACGACGAGGUGGAUCGGAUUGCAGGUUUCAAAGUGCGUCCCUUGCGGCCGCUAGUGCGUGUAAGUUACCGCGGCGAGACUUUGCACACCACAACUGCAAUUGGCUGCAACCCUACAUGGAAUCAGACUCUUAAAAUGAAGGCUAAACCAGAACCGCUCUCCUUGAUUUCUGUGAAUGUGUACGAUGAGUACAAGGCGAGUAUACGGGAAGGCCAUAGCGGAGAUGACUUGGGUAGAACUGUCCAUUACAGAUACUACCACAAGUGGUUGGGAACCUUGCAGAUACCGUUGUAUUCUGUUCUCACUACGGGCUUUCUUCACGGAACAUUAAAACUAUUCUCUCCACCACUUUUAUUUGGAUACGAGUUACCUUCACAGACAGCUGACACUUACUCCCUGCUUCCAGGAGUGAUACAACGCAUGAAGAAGGACAUGUCCUUCAUAUCACUGCAAAUAACUACUACUUUAGCCCAUUUGGGAGGAACACAUAGUUACAAUCAGCCAGUACCAAACGGGCCAGAGGAUGAUUAUUUAAUAAGACAUUUGAACAACUUCGUUACAGAAUAUGUCAACGAUUUUCCUUCUAGAAAUAUAAGGUUGACAUUUAUAGAUAGUACCGGAAAAAACAAAUGCGUGACCCAGUUCUUGCAGCCGAUACCUUUGCCGGAUAAUGACUAUUUUCCAAAAAAUCCUAAGAACAUUGGGUCAGCACUAUCAAAGAGUUCAGGCUUUUCUGGUUCAUCAUCAAAAAGUAGUGCUGGGAGAAAAUUGGAUUUGGAUUUAGAGAAGGGUUCGAGCCAGACGGUCAAUGAAGAUGAGUCUAUGUAUAGUGCAAGAGAAGAUAGUUGGCGAGGUGUGGAGAAUCAGUUGGCGAAGUUGGUUAAAGCUGGAGCGAGAUAUGUGUCGUUGAUACCGACAUACCAACUUGUAGAGACACAUGUCGUUACUCUGUUAGGAUUGGAACUUCUAAGGGUCCUGCACGGCUCGCCUCUGGACCACAGCAUACUGCUGGCGAGCUACUUCCUGUAUCUCGGCGUGCGCUGCUGGGUGGCGGUGGGGCGUGGUCUGCCGCGCGGGCACAGCACCUACGUGCUAACCAAGUAUGAUUUGACAGCUAAACGAAUCGUUCUGUCUACUGAUCAACUAUUCAAAAGACGUCUGUUCAGUAAAAAUGACGGCUGCCUCUGGCAUGUGCACGACGCUAGCUCGGGUGAACACUAUGAACUCCGAGACGUCAGUUGUCCACUCAAAACUGUGGACUAUGUGUUUGACAGCGAGAACAUUUGGGUGAAUGUUCAGUCUUCACAGGAUUGUGAAAACAUGUCGUUUGACUUUGACAAAUCAUCUAACUGGCAACCUGUAUUUGACAAGACCGUGUUCGUAAUGAAGCAGCCGGUCGUGAUGGAUACCUCCCUGUACAGUCCGCCAGCCGACACCAGCAAGCUGCGGCAAGCGCUCGAGGACAAAAUCCGCGGGAAGAUGCAAAAGUGGCGCCCACACAUGAAGACUGUUUGGAACAGAUAUUGCAGUGGGUUGCUCCGCGAACAGUUGCCGGCGUGGGAGUACUGGGCCUUUAACCCAGGCGAGCCGCGCCCGGGUUUCAGCCAUAAGAUGAAGCAAAUGAUGGUCACUUACCGGAUGUUCGGCUUCCCAUUGAACAUGCCCUUCUUGAAUACCAAAGCAGUAGUCUCGAGUGUCAAAUCUACCCGGUUACACAUGUUGGAUGACCCUACCGCGGAAUUCGGCCUCGCUGUCGAGUUGUUCUGUUACCCUAACAAUGUCAUUAGUGUAUGGGUUUUUCUAGCUUGUAUCACUAGAAUAUGAAUGAAUUGAAUUAUUAAAAAAUAAAUAAAUAGA